AUGGCUCGUGGCAUGUUGAUCCUUGCCUUCGGCUGCAUGUGCCUGUGGGCGCUGAGCGGCCGCAGUUUUGUGAGUGGCCCUGCAACGCAGGCCCGCCAGGUCAACGUGGCUGCGGCUGCAGAGGUGAAGUACGAAACGGACAUGCCUGCCGAAAACGGCGUCUACCCAGUGGGCAACGCCAAGCGGACGGCGCCGUACGGCGAGCGCGACCCUCUCCCGGAGGGCUACGGCAUCCGCACAGGCCUCUCGGACCUGCUCAAGCCCUUGAAUGCUGAGGCAGGUGUCGUGGCCAAGGAGGACAGCAUCCCUACCGUGCUUGUGAUGGUCACGGGCAUUGUUCUGCUGUUCCUUUUCUACCUGCUGCUCCUGCUGCUCGACAACCAGUCCGUGCUGCUGCCCCCCGAGGACGAGUUCGAUGAGUACGUGCAGAACUUCCUCCCAUACUUCUUCUUCGGUGAGAAGUGA